CUGCACUCAUUUCACUGCUUCCCCAGUAAGGAUCUUUAUAUUUUUACUUCAGGAUCAGCCAAAUUCCACACAAACUACAAGCAACAGAAACCGGACCCCUCUCAAAGGCUUAAGGCUUCUUUGCUCAUGUCCGCAGAAAACCUGUCGUUCUUCAUACCUCCCCCAGAGACCUCCAGCCCUCUGUUGUCAUCUGACUUCCCCCCAUGUCCUCACUCAGACAGGUAAGCCCAGGAUGGAGAAAAGUAGAACCUAAUUCCAGGGCUUCAGGGAUAUUUCCAAAUACUUCUCUAAGGAAGAUGGGCAAAGCUGAUAUUAGGAGAAAAUCACUUAUUUAUAUAUGAAGAGAAACUAUGAUGCCAUGAUUGGUCGAGGUCUCAGGGCCCCCCGCCACCUUUCAUGUGUCCUAAAAACGAGAACCACAGAACCCUGUGGGUAUGAUUCUGAUAAAGAUCAGGCCUCGCAGAAUGAAGAUGAACCUCCUGAGGGGGCUUCCAAUGUGCAAGUGAUACAGAAUCUGAAGGUGACGCCCAAGGAGCCAGCAGAGGAGAAUCAUGACUGGAAUCCUAUACCAGUGACUUCUGGCUCAGAGCAGGAUGAGAAGCAGCUGUGCCUUCUGGAAGCCGCAAGUAACUCUGGUCAACAGAGUAUGAAGACAUCAAGUAAGAGGAAGCUUUUUGGGAACCCUUCUCUGGCUCCCCUGGCUAUGUUCAAGUGUGUGGUCCAGGUGGGGGGAUGGAUCUUGGACAGGCCUGGGUCCAGGCUGGCUGAGGAGCUCACCAGAGUCACAUACUUGAGUUGUCAUCAGUAUAAAAGCCACAGCACUAUAGGAUCCAAGAACCAGAAGGCUAAUAUCUGGGCCCACUGGCUGCGGGAAAGGAAGACCCUCAUAGUGUAUGAAGAGAUCAGUGAGCCCGAGGAAGACUACUAACUCUCCUCAGGGAUGUGAAAAGUGCCCAGGGUAAGAAGUAGAACCUGGUGGCUCUUCAUGGAUGAGCAUGGCUGUGAACUCCUGCCCAUCAGGUGUAUAGCAAGUGAAAGAAAGAGUUAACAACAAUGAAAAGUUAAGUACAAUUUUUCUUAGUAUGUGCCUUUCUGUUAAUUAUCAGAGUUUUGUUGAUAAGUGAGAUUUAUACCUAAUGCAUAUUUCUGUGUAUCCACGUACCUGCCUUAGAAGACAAGUACUGUCAGGUAUUCUGUGCAGAGAACAGCCCUGCCCUCCACCUCAGAUGUGACUACUGA